UUAGUGAUACUGCUUCAAAAGAUAAAUUAAAAGAUUUAAGUGGUCCCACUAUUAUUGAGUUAUUAUCAACAUCAACAUCCUCAAUAUCAGAAAAAUAUAAAAACCAAUUUAACAUUGCCAACAAAGAAGUUGUACCAGAUGAUUUUACCGAAAUACAAAAGGUGGUAAUUCAAUGGUGUGAUAAGGAGAAACUUGAUGUUGUGCUGACGACAGGUGGUACGGGAUUUAGUGUCAGAGACAUUACACCAGAAGCUAUACAACCUUUAUUAAAUAAAACAUCAUCUGGGAUAACUCAUUUAUUGAUCUCAUCAUCACUUCAGAAAACACCAUUUGCGGCCUUAAGUAGACCAAUUAGUGGUAUACGUGGUGAGACAAUUGUCAUAACAUUACCUGGUAGUCCUAAAGCUGUAAAAGAAAAUUUGGAAGCCAUUAUAAACAUCUUACCUCAUGCAAUUGAUUUAGUCAAAGGUGGCACUGGUGAAAAUGUUCAUACAAAAUUAACUGGUAAUAGUGGUGGUGGUCAUGAUUUCACAAAACGUCAACGCAAAUCACCAUACCCAAUGAUUUCAGUUGAAGAAGCAUUGAAAAUCAUUGAAAAUGAUGUUCAAGAACUAUCAAAAGUUGUUAUAACUGUUCCUGUCAAUGAAAAUUUGAUUGGUUAUGUUUUUGCAGAAGAUGUUUUGGCAAAUGAAAAUGUUCCAGGGUAUCGUGCUUCAACUGUUGAUGGAUAUGCUGUUAUUAGAAUUUAUCCUGUUGUGGGAACUUCUAUUGCUAGUGGUAUAGGAUCAGAAAAAUUGAUGAUAAAAUCAGGUCAAAUUGCUAGAAUCACAACUGGAGGACCUGUUCCUAAUGGUGCUAAUGCUGUUGUUAUGGUUGAAGAUACUUCUCUUGUUAAAGCAUCUGAAGAUAAUCUGACUGAACAAUCUGUGGAGAUCCAUGUUCAAGUAAAUGAAAUGGAAAAUAUUAGAGAGAUUGGAUCAGACACCAGUAUUGGUAUGAUUGUUGCUAGAAAAGGUGAAUUGGUGUCAGCUGUAGGUGGUGAGAUAGGUGUUUUGGCAUCAGUAGGAGUUAAAGAAGUAAAAGUUUAUAAAAAAAUGGUGUUUGGAAUAUUGUCCACUGGUAAUGAAGUGAUUGAUUAUAAGGACACAAAUGAACUAAAAUAUGGGCAAAUACGUGAUAGUAAUCGACCUACACUUUUGUCAAUUGCAAAAGCUAUUGGAUUUGAAGUUUUUGAUUUUGGGAUUGCUAAGUUGGAAAAAACCAUCAGAACAGCAUUAAAUCAAGUAGAUAUACUUGUAACAACAGGUGGUGUAUCAAUGGGUGAAUAUGAUUUACUUAAACCUGUUUUAGAACAUUCUUUAGGUGCUACUAUACAUUUUGGUAGACUAAAUAUGAAACCAGGGAAACCAACUACUUUUGCAACACUUAAACAGCCCUCAAAAAAAUUGAUUUUUGCUUUACCAGGAAAUCCUGUUUCUACCACAGUUACAUUUUAUUUAUUUGUAUUACCUGUACUUAAGAAAUUGUCUGGUUAUGAAAUUUAUAAAUCUCCAAUUGUAAAAGUUGAGAUUAGAAAUAAUAUUAAACUUGAUCCAAGACCAGAAUAUCAUCGAAUAAUUAUAAACUUUGAUCAUUUGAAUAAUAAAUUAAUGGCUACAUCUACUGGUAAUCAAAUUAGUAGUUGUAUGAUGAGUUUAAAAAGUUGUAAUGGAUUAUUGCAAUUGCCGGGUAGGACUAAUACACAAACAAUUCUUGAAAAAGGGACAAUCAUUGAUGCUAUGUUGAUUGGUCAAUUGAUUUAA